AUGUCCAUCCACGCCAACGGCCGAACCCCCGCGCAGGCCUUUAGCAAAUCUCCCUUCCUCACCAGAUCGGACCUCCAAGAUGCAUGCCGUGCCAUUCUCGAUCCACUAGUACCCCUCUUCACACCAGGUGGUUCACGCGUCAAAGUAGGCACAUCUACGACUCGCUUCGACGAAGCCGGCGCCCAAAUCGAGGGGUAUGCCCGCCCACUAUGGGGUUUGGCAUCUCUACUGGGCGGCGGGUAUGACUACCCCGAGGCCGAACGCUGGCGCCAGGGAAUAAUCAGCGGGACUGACCCUGAACACGCGGAAUUCUGGGGUCAUAUCGAGGAUUCAGAUCAGCGAAUGGUUGAGAUGUGCCCGAUCGGGUUUGCGCUCGCUGUUGCGCCUCAUGUCUUCUGGGAUCCAUUGACAGAGAAACAAAGGGCCAACGUUGGUAACUGGUUGGCAAGUAUCAAUGCGCGCGAGAUGCCGAAUACGAAUUGGCUGUGGUUCCGCGUCUUCGCAAACUUGGGACUAAGAAAGAAUGGAGCAGAGUAUUCUCUAUCUCGCAUUGAAGCUGAUAUGGACCAUUUGGACACCUUCCAUGUUGGCGGGGGAUGGAGUAAUGACGGCCCCAAGAGCCAUCAUCAAAUGGACUAUUACUCGGGUUCAUUCGCGAUUCAGUUCUUGCAGCUUCUUUACUCGAAGCUAGCGGGAGACUUUGAUCCUGAGCGCGCUGAGCGCUAUCGUCAGCGGGCGCGAGAGUUCGCUAAGGAUUUUGUGCACUACUUCGACCGUAACGGCAGUGCCAUUCCUUUCGGACGCUCGAUGACAUACCGAUUCGCCAUGGUUGGAUUUUGGGGCGCAUUGGGCUUCGCAGACGUCGACCUCCCAGAGCCACUGACAUGGGGUGUCGUGAGAGGAAUCCUUCUCCGCCAUUUCCGCUGGUGGUCUACACAGGAGGAUAUGUUCAACAACGAUGGCACACUCAGCCUCGGAUACUCUUAUGCCAACAUGUACUUGACAGAGAACUACAAUUCCCCCGGGUCGCCAUACUGGUGUUGUCUCUCAUUCACACCACUGGCCCUACCGGAGACACAUCCCUUCUGGUCCGCACCCGAGGAACCCUACCCGAGCUCCUCUUUACCUGAAGUGGUGGCACUGAAGUAUCCCAAACACAUUGCCAUCCGUCGCGGUGGGCAUUCGUUCCUGUUGUCGUCCGGCCAAGCAUGCCACUACCCCCUCAAAGCGACGCAGGCCAAGUAUGGCAAGUUCGCAUACAGUUCUGCCUUUGGAUAUUCGGUUCCGACAGGUGGUUACCAGCUGGAACAGCACGCUCCAGACAGUAUGCUCGCAUUGUCAGACGACGGUGGCGACAUCUGGCAGACUAGAAGACUGGCCCUUGAUGCACGUUUCGAACAACCUGAGCCCAAUGGCCUACCUGUCCUUGUCUCUGGCUGGAAGCCAUUCCCAGACGUUGAUAUAGAGACUAUUCUCAUUCCCCCCACAGAGGAGAAUGAGAACUGGCAUCUGCGCGCCCACCGCGUGCGCACCGGUCGCGCUUUGCAGACAUCUGAGGGUGCCUUUGCUAUUUAUGGAUGUCGCAGCGAUAACGGUCGAAUUCUGGGCCCUAUGACUGGGGACGAUACCGAGGGGUCUAUGCAUGAUAGCCGGAGUGGAUUGGUGGUUUCAUCGGCUGGGGCUGUCGGUAUUGUUGAGCUUCAAUCGGGUACUGAACGGGCUGGGCGGAUUGUUCUCGCCGACCCUAAUUCGAAUAUUAUCCAUGGACGAACACUUUUGCCGUCGCUGUCCAUGGACCUGGCGGCUGGUCAGGAAUGCUGGUUCGUGUCGGCCAUCUGUGCAGUACCCGAUCAUCAACGGGAUUGGAAGGCUGCCUGGGGAAACAAGCCUGUUAUUCCGAAGUGGCUACAGAGCAGGAUCGAUGGCACAGCUUCGGUUUGA